AUGGCGACGGACAACGUACAUCAUCGAAUGACGACAAAUCCACAACCUCGAAAGUCUGGAUCGUCCCAAAGAGUCAACAAGCAACGCCAAGGAAAGGAUGCCAAACACCGGCACGUGAUGGCUAGUGCAUCUUCAGGAGGCUCAAUCCAUGCGAUGCAGGAUUAUCAGAUACAACUGGCGUUGUUGGAGCUACAAAACAAAAAGCGGCUAGCGUGGGCUCGACAAGAACAGCCUGCAGGUGGAGGUGACUAUGAUCCAGGUAAUGGUGGGAGUGAUACUUUGGAAGGAGCUACGGUUCCGACCCAGGUCGACGAUCCAGCGUCUCGGGAGACAACCCAGCCACAUUACACAAUAUCGGAAGAUGAGAUAGGCACUUUGGCAUACAAAACAGGUGCUCCUCAACAUAUCGAACCCUCCAGCCGUUCAGGUGCUGCGCAGGCCGUUAUAGCAAAGCUGUCUGAUAAGGAACGAGAGCCCACAAAUUCACGCCACCCUAAAGCAACGGUAUCUGGGUGCUCCGGUCAGCUUAGGUCUGUGGAGUCAUCUCUACCGACAUUCCCCUCGGAAUGCGCCUCUCAUGCAGUAUCACAACGGAAUUUACACGGCCACAGCCCAUCAUCUAUAGCUCAAAGACGGAAGCAGCCCGAUAAGACUCACUGGAUCUUGGAAGCAACUCAAGAGACGCAAAAGAUGAACCAGAACCAUGGGCUUCGCUAUAGUCCAGCAGAUGCAUCUGAGGUAUUCGAGACAGGUGAACUUUUCACAGAACAAUGCUUUUCCUCGGGACUUGAUGCGGGAGCUACUACCCCCAACAGCUCAGAAGACAUCCAGAUGGUUAUUCCUGAGACAGACGAGGUCCCCGACGAAGCAUUUUCGGACCCUCUCAGCGCCGAACAGACAUCUUCAACGUGUUUCAAUGUCCUUCAAAAGAUGAAACAACGAAUUCAGCAGCUAGAAGCAGAGAAUGAAAAGCUAAGCCGUCCGCCGCCGGCCGUGGCUGUCAGAGUGCGAAUCUUCCACUGCCUUCAGAAUGAAGACAUGGACGAACAUACCUACCUCUCGGAACCAGAAUGGAUGGUCAACGAAGACGACAUCCGUCUCAGUGCCCGAUCUCUAUUAAUGGACCCUAAAAGAUACAUCAAAAAAGAGAAAGGCAUCUCAUUUGUUGUCUACAAGUGUUACUCAGAAGACCAUCAGAGAGACGCAGUGGAAGAAGCAAGGAAGUUUUCCGGGCCACUGCCACACCCGGUACCUGCCUACCAGGACAUAUUGCUAACCUCGAAGGAGAUGGUGGACGCUGUGAAGGCAUUCUUCGCGCUACAUCCUGCGUCUCGUGGGGAGUUCCCCAAGGUCAACACGGAUGACAGGUUGUCAGCGCCCUUCAUAUGGUGGUACCAUCAUCGCAAGUCAAAUAAAAUCGGAUGCCUGCCGCACCGUCAAGCCGAGUUGGUCAAUGCACUUAUCGGCCACAUCGAACAGGCUUAUGCGCCGUUAUACGACAACAUAGACGAACAACUCAGCAGAGGCUUUGUGUCGAAUGCUUCCAUGGAAUAUCUCUUUCGACCGGGUCAAGUUCUGAUCUCGUUCACGGAUGGUAUCCCACAAGGUCACAUUGCAAUAUCUCGCCCUUUUACCUACUCCGAUGAACCUGACGAUUACGCCAUUAUUCCAACGUCAAAGAGACGUCGAGAUCCCUCAGAGAAGUACUUGUCGCAAUGGAACAUAUCAACGCGUUCAAUCUCCUACCGUGGGAACUUUGUUCGGGUGGAAGAGAAGCUCAAGAUCGAGUUCGAGACGGAGACUGAGACCGGAGAAAUUGAUAUCUCGACCUUACCUGUCGUUCCGCUUGAGUACACUUCAGAGGCAGUGCAGGAACGAUUAAGACGCCGUGGCCACACAAUCUGGAAAUGUCGGGAGAAGCGACUCAUCUCCUACCAAGGCAAACGGCAAAUUCACACGGGAGAAAGAUUCAUGAUUGACUACGACACGUAUACGAGCCUCCAUCCAGUUAAUUCGUAUGCGAUGAAGGCUACCAAGGCAGUGGCUGAACCGGGCUUGCCUGCAGAUGGCAGUGAACCCCGCGCUCCUGAGAUCUAUCUCUUUCCAAACAUGGUCCCUGGCUUUGAUCUGAGACGCAAGACAUGGGUUGACGUUGAGGUCGACCAAAUCAAGGACGUUGUCUGGAAUGAACAUGCCUUCAAGAGUCUAGUGGCUGACGAAGAUAUGAAGUCACUUAUUCUGGCGCUUGUCACGAACCAAAUUGACGCCAAAAGAGGCACGGAUAUUAUCCAUAACAAGGGGAACGGUCUCAUCAUGUUGCUUCAUGGCUCUCCAGGUACUGGCAAAACGUUUACCGCCGAAUCCGUCGCCGAAAUAGCCAAGAAACCUUUAUACUCGGUAACCUGCGGCGACAUAGGCACGAAUCCUGCUGAUGUCGAGAAAAACCUCGAGUCCGUCUUCCACCUCGGCAAGAUUUGGGACUGCGUUGUGCUUCUGGAUGAGGCCGAAAUCUUCCUCGAGCAACGCACUGUGCAAGACCUCCAACGGAACGCACUUGUCUCCGUAUUCUUUCGCGCCCUAGAAUAUUACGAUGGGAUCUUGAUUCUUACGACAAAUCGCGUGGGGACCUUCGACGAGGCGUUCAAGUCUCGAAUUCAACUCGCACUCAGGUACGAAAAGUUGGAGGCCUACCAACGCAAGCAAAUUUGGAAGAACUUCUUCGAGCGGCUCAAGGGCAUUGCAGAGGAGGACAACAUUGACUUCGAUGAUAUUUCGCUGCACAUAGACGAACUGACCAGGCACCCGAUGAACGGACGACAGAUCCGAAAUACGAUCACCACCGCACGGCAGCUCGCCAAGUUCAUGGGAAAGAAGAUGGUGUUUUCGCAUCUGCAACGAACCAUAGCAAUCACGAACAAGUUUGAUCAAUACUUGGCUGACGUUUGGGAAGCUGACGUGGAGGAACAUGGUGGAAGAGGCUUGGAUGGCAGGUAA